CCAGGGAUGGAACCUUCAGCUUCAAGGUUACUAGUCAGAUUCUUUUCCGCUAAGCCACAACCCGAACUCCUCUAUUUAGAUUUUUAAGGCCAUGCCCUCCCCAAAGCGGAUCCACCCCCUUUUCUCUGCUGCUCUCAUUUCUCCUAGAGACUAGAGGGAGCAAUCCUCCUAUGCUGAGACUGGCCUGCUUCCCAGUCCCUGUUUUCCUGGCUGGAGGACUCAGGUUCAGAGAGAGGACAAACUCAAUGAAAGUCACACAAAAAGUUCAUAAAAAGGGAAAACUCCUGGGGAGUUCAGUCCUACCAGAACCGCGGGGACUCAGAGAAGCCCCAGCUGGGGGCCUUUGGCUCCUGCGCUCCAGACCUGGGAGCAGGGGAGCCAGAUCCGAGGGGAGUAACCUAGUCCCUCCCCCACCUCACCCCCCCCUCACCCUCACCCUCACCCCCACCCGCUGCUAGGAGUCUGUCCGCUCAGCUCUGUACCCACUAAUUGGUCUCAUCAGGCGGCGGGCGGGAGCGCUCCCGAGGCGCGGAUCCGAGCCGUGUCAUCCGCUUAGCGCCCUCGCACCAUCCUGCGCUCCCGCCCUGCGCCCCCUCCCGCCGCCGCUGUCGCCCCCACUGUCAGCUCUGCACUUGUCGCCAGCCCAGGGCAUGCUCCGCGCUCCGGCGCUGGGCCUUGGCUGUGGCAAGCGACACAACCCGCCGGCAGAGAUAUGGGGCGCGGCCCGCGGGCCAUACUGGCCCUGGGACUGCUAUUCCUCCGCCUGGCCCAAGCCAACUUCGCCCCCCACUUCUUCGACAACGGGGUGGGCAGCACCAACGGAAACAUGGCCCUUUUCAGCCUCCCGGAGGACACCCCUGUAGGCUCUCAUGUGUACACCCUGAAUGGGACAGACCCUGAGGGAAACCCUGUCUCCUACCACAUCAGCUUUGACCCCAGUGCUAGAAGCGUCUUUUCUGUUGACCCCAACUUUGGAACCAUCACCCUGGUUGAAGAGCUGGACAGAGAGAGGGAGGAUGAGAUUGAAGCCACUAUCAGCAUUUCUGACGGCCUGAAUCUGGUGGCAGAAAAAGUCACGAUUCUGGUGACUGAUGCCAAUGAUGAGGCACCCAGGUUCAUCCAGGAGCCCUAUGUUGUCCAGGUUCCCGAGGACAUACUUGCCGGGAGCAGUAUCGCCAAGGUCCAUGCAGUGGACAGGGACACAGGUUCUGGAGGGAGUGUCACCUACUUCCUGCAGAAUCCACACUCCACCAAAUUUGCCAUGGACCGCCACAGCGGUGUGCUGCGCCUCCAGCCUGGGGCCACCCUGGACUAUGAGAAGGCCCGGACCCAUUUUGUCACUGUGGUUGCCAAGGAUGGUGGAGGGCGGCUGCGAGGGGCCGACGUGGUGUUCUCAGCCACCGCCACGGUCACGGUCAAUGUGGAGGAUGUGCAGGACAUGGCCCCUGUCUUCGUGGGCACACCUUACUAUGGCUAUGUGUACGAGGACACCCUUCCGGGCUCUGAGGUCCUGACGGUGGUCGCCAUGGAUGGAGAUCAGGGCAAACCCAACCGCAUUCUCUACAGCCUCAUGAACGGGAGCGAUGGUGCCUUUGAAAUUAAUGAGACGUCUGGAGCCAUUUACGUCAUGCAGAGCCCUGCCCAGCUCCGGAGAGACGUGUAUGAGCUGCAUGUACAGGUGACUGAGGUCAGCUCUGCAGGGACCCCAGCUGCCCAGGCCAUGGUGCCUGUCACCAUCAGGAUCGUGGACCUCAACAACCAUCCACCAACAUUCUAUGGAGAGAGUGGACCCCAGAACAGAUUUGAGUUGUCCAUGUAUGAGCACCCGCCCCAGGGGGAGAUCCUGAGGGGCCUCAAGAUCACUGUCAAUGACUCAGACCAGGGAGCCAAUGCCAAAUUCAACCUACGGCUGGUGGGGCCUGGAGGCAUUUUCCGAGUGGUCCCGCAGACUGUCCUGAAUGAAGCCCAAGUCACGAUCAUUGUGGAGAACUCAGCUGCCAUUGACUUUGAAAAGUUCAAAGUGUUAACCUUCAAGCUCCUGGCCAUUGAAGUGAACACCCCAGAGAAGUUCAGCUCUACAGCAGAUGUCGUGAUCCAGCUCCUGGACACCAACGACAAUGUCCCCAAGUUCACUUCCCACUACUACGUUGCCAGGAUCCCCGAGAAUGCCCCAGGAGGCUCCAAUGUGGUGGCUGUCACAGCCGUGGAUCCAGACACAGGUCCCUGGGGUGAAGUCAAAUACUCCAUCUAUGGAUCCGGGGCAGACUACUUCCUGAUCCACUCAUCCUCUGGGAUGAUCUACACCCAGCCCUGGGCCAGCCUGGAUGCCGAGGCCACCACCAGGUACAACUUCUAUGUGAAGGCAGAGGACAUGGAGGGCAAGUACAGCCUGGCCGAGGUGUUCGUCACGCUGCUGGAUGUCAAUGACCACUACCCCCAGUUUGGAAAGAGGGUCCAGGAGAAGACGAUGGUGCUGGGGACGCCGGUGAAAAUCGAGGCCACAGACCAGGAUGCAGAGGAGCCCAACAACCUGGUGGACUAUUCCAUCACCCAUGCAGAGCCGGCCAACGUGUUCGACAUCGAUGCACACACGGGGGAGAUCCGGCUCAAGAACUCCAUCCGCUCUCUGGAUGCCCUGCACAACAUCACACCCAACGGGGACCGCACCUGGUCCCUAGAGGUGCAGGCCAAGGACCGUGGCUCCCCCUCCUUUAGCACCACGGCCUUACUCAGGAUUGACAUUGUAGACACUGAGAUGCAGUCCCGAAGUCCCAUGGCUGCCUUUCUGAUGCAGACCAAAGACAACCCCAUGAAGGCCGUGGGCGUGCUGGCCGGCAUCAUGGCCAUUAUUGUGGCCAUAACCGUCCUCAUAUCCACUGCCAGUUUCUGGCGCAACAAGAAGUCCAACAAGGUCCUGCCAGUGCGGCGAGUACUCCGCAAGCGGCCCAGCCCGGCACCCCGCACUGUCCGCAUCAAGUGGCUCAAGUUCGGAAGAACCAAGGCUGCUGACAAGUUUGUGCUCAGAGAGGAUCGUCCCAAUGAGAACUGUAACAACAACAGCCUGGGAAGCACCCCGCCCCCAACAGCCCCUGCUCCCCCUCCACCACCCAGCAUGGGCCCGGCCCACUGGACGGUGCCUACAGUCUCUGGCUCGCUCGCCCCUCGGCAGCCUCCACGGUCACCAAAACCCAAGGCUGUGGGAAGCCCUGUCCAGUCAGCUCUGGUGUCUGAGCUCAGGCAAAAGUUUGAGAAGAAGAAUGUGCAUAACAAGGCUUACUUCUAGAGUGCGUCCUGUGGUCCCUCUUCCUCACCCCAACUGCCCUGCUGUCUGGGCCGUGUUUCCCAACUCUGUCCUUAGAGUCACCCCUGUUUUGUACGCUGGUGUAACCCCCGUAUCCAAGGCUCUGGACAGUGCCUUGGACAAGGGAUUUAUUUCUCUGGCAGUGGAUGCAAUUAGAAAGUGCUUCUCCGUAACCAAGCUCCUUGGCCCAGCAGCAGUGCCCCCCAUUCUGCAGAGGCUGGGAGUCGACAAGGAGCCAGCUUCUGUGUCUUCUGCUCAUCAACCUGAGACUUCACAGUGACCUUCGGGUCCUGCUGGGGCCCCAGCUUCCCUAGUCCAGGAGUAGGGGUCCUGGCCACAUGUGACAAGGCCAGCUAGAACCUGGAUCCUGAGGCCUCCAGCUAAGAGCAGGAGCAGGAAAAGGAGGUUCAGUGCUAACUAAGGUUGAGAGUCAGCAAACCUUGCAGGCUGCAGGAGAGCAAAUGCAGCAGGGGAGGGCAAGGAGGCACUGAAAACUCACGCUGACUGUCGGCCUGUGCUUAAAAGCCACUGGGAAAGUGGAGGAUGGGAUCCAGGCAGAGACUAUGGGCCCCUGCUGCACCCAUACGGGACCAGGGACAGAGGUGUAAGAUGGACCUUGCAGGAGUGAGGGCAGAUGCUCCAGCCAGGGCUGUCCUGGGCCAAGAAAUGGCCAGAGCCACACUGGUAGCCCUAGAAGCCUCUGGAAGUCAAGUCCCCUUAGGAUCUGCUCCACCAGAAGUCCUCGAAGAGACAGUGCUGGGCCGAGAUCUGAGGAGACUUCCAUUUUCAUUCAGUUCUUCCGCUCCCAUGGUGUAACCUUGGGAAAGCUGUUUCCACUCCCUGCUCACCAUCUUCCUCAUCCGGAAAAUGAAACAAGUGAGUCUGCCUCAUUCACAGAUCCAAGCUGAGGAUCAAAAUAAGUAGUAGUGACAAGGGCUUUAACCAAGUGCAAAGCGGCACCAAUAUAAAGUAUUUUUCCACAGGCCAGUUCUUCAGGUGCCGUUCUUCCACAAAGUAUUAGGAGCCUCUCCGCUAUUCUGCCAAGCACCCCCAGGUGGCGCUGUUCUGGGUGAGGGUGCUGCCACUGAUCCACCACAGGCAGAGCUGGACCUUGCCAUUGCUCCCUUUCCAGGUCUCCUCCCCACCCCCCGCCCCACGCCCCUCCAGCUCCACCCCACCUCCACCAGCCCAGGCCCCAUCAGAGAGGACGGGAGCUGGGCAGCACAUCCAGCCAAGACUCCAUUUUGCCAAGAUGCCGAAAAUGAGUUCCCAGGAGAGGAAUGAUUGCCAAGGCCCCACAGCAGUUUGGUGACAGGGAGCUGGUCUGAGGGUUCCGGGACCCUCAGCAUUUUCCACUAGCCAAGCACACCUAGUUAGCAUGUGACCACCUCCGCCCCCAGCGGAGGCAACCGCAGCCCUUUUUAUGCAAAGAAGUUCCGGAUAACUUUAAGGAAAUAUGCCCAGAGGAAAUCUAGAUGUAUGCCCACCGAAAGAAAUGGAGCCAUUCUUUGCAUUUCACUCCACUUACAAAUAACCCCUCUAGAAAAUAUCGGUGAUUUUAUUGAAACAGAUCAUAUGCAAGUAUGGUUAGCUUGAUUUCUGAGUCUGUUUGGAGUUGUUGCUCAGCUGUCAGCUGUUCUGGCAUGCAGGCUCCUUGCAGGGGUUUCUGCUGUCCUCAGCCCAGAGAGAUUAAGAGUUGAGCUCUAACAAGCCAGGAGCCCAGACUGAACAAAGAGGUACUUUGCAACCAGUGGUUCAAAACAGGGCUAGACUUGAUCAUGUCUGCCCUCCACAGGCAAUUCAGCAUCCUUAAUUUGCAUGCGGUCAACCUCUUUUGUAAAUGGUAAAUAAACCUGUUACCCAAAAGCCAAACUGACCUCUGCUCCCUGCUUAACAUCAGUGUUAGCUGACUCAUACAGACCAGUCUUCCUGACAGCCAAGUUCAGCCUGUCUCCUAACUUCUUUGGUGGGGGGAUGCAUUCCCCAAAUGUCAGAUCUAGCUGUGGGAGCUGCAAAGUUUUGUCCAAAUUGCCAUGCGUACACAUCUAAAAGCAGGGUAUUUGGCUACCUGAGUGAGCCUAUCACGGCCUGGCUCGUCUCCUGAGCAGGACAAGCCCUGGCAAGGUUGCUUGGGGAGGAAUGGGAUCUGGAGCUAGAACUAUCCCCCAACCCAGCCAGCGAGAGCAGGAAUUGGAAGGCCUGGUGUAGGCACGAAAGCCCAGGAAGCCAGUGAUGUCUUUAGGACUGUGGCCCUGGGCUGGAAUCUCAGGCCAUUUUUGUUGCUAAAACUCAGCCUCUGUCCACUGGUGCCAAACAGAAAUGUGGAGACACGGUUUUGAGUGAAGGAGAAAAAAAUAGCUUUUAUUGCUUUGCUUGGCAAAGGAGGCCACAGCAAGCUAAUGCCUUAAAGACCGUGCCCCCCUGGGGGAAGAAUUGCAGGGAGUUUUAUAGUCUAAAUGGAGAAAAACAAGGUUUCAGAUAAGAAUCAGGAUUGGCGCAAACUUGCAUGCUUCUUUCUUUGGUGGAAUCUUACUCAUCAGAGCUGGAAUCAGGAGAUCUCGGCCUGAUCCUGGUGGUGGUCUUCUGGGUUAUUGCCUAGAAUAAUAGUACUCGCAAAACAGACAUAUUGAUCAGACAUUGGAACAAACCAGGAAAGUUCCAGAAAAACAUCAUGUGCUAAUAAUUUUAACCCACAGGCAAUUGUGCUCACCUUUAGCUUACAGGUGAUUGUGUUUAGGGUGCAGUCAAAGGAGGGAGAAGCUUAAGGAAGGGCUCUAAGCUGUUUCAUUUUAAAGUAUUCAUUUCUAAAAGAAGCAUAAGGAAUAUAAAUUUUCUCUUAGGUAUAUAAGAUGCCUAUAUAAUUAUGUGUGUCUUUUGAAAGGGAACCAGGAUCCUGCCCCAAGGCUGUACUAUUUUUGCUUGACUGUUCCUGCCUGGUCUUUGUAUCCCCUCCCUUUCCUGAUCAGCAACUGUCUGAACCUGCCCCUUGGUGCUCAGGGAAGGGCAUGGAGGCUGAAUGAAGCCCACUUCCUAAAACUAAGACGCAGAGAACACAGCCUUUUGUGCCCAGGAGCUCCACAGGGCCCUGCUUGAUUACAGUAUCAGGCCCCAGAGCAGGGAAUGGGGGAUCCAGGACAAGGCCAGGGACUUGAACCAAGGCAGACACAAUCUUGGAAACUGGGCAUAUGAACAACCCUCGUGCUGGGAAGUAUGGGGAAAGUGCCUGGUGGCCAGCCGGAGCCAUAUUGAGAAAGAGGAGGAAGAUACCAACAACCCCAAGGGACCAGCAAAUGUGGUGGUGCUGAAGGAGUCCCCCAGCCAGUGGGAGUGAGGCCAGGCCAAAUACCACUGCAUCAGGGAAAAGUGGCGGGCAGGGGACAGCCUGCUCAGUCACACGGGGACAGGCACAAUGUUAAGCCUCAAGGUAAAGAGCUGGGAGGCAGGGGUGAUGAAUUGGGCCAGCUCUCCCCAUUCCUGGGCCCUGUGAUGAAUGGACAACCAACAGAUGUGACUCCAAAAAUAUAUGCAGAACUAUG